AGCAUUUAUGGACGUGCAAAUUGCUCUGAGGUGAUCACAAACUUUCUGCUUUGCAGCGUGGGCUGAGGGAGCAGGAGCCAGCCCGAGCUGGGAUCCCGCACAUCGCAGGAGGGUUUUGUUCCUCUGUGCCAAACCCGGGACCCCCUCAGGAACCUGCCUCAAAAACCGAGCCACCAAAACCUCCACACGCACCCGGCUUCUCCAUGGACUCGCCAUGAAUCUAUUUUUCGUUUUUUUUGACAGAAACGUGCGCGUAACUUUCUCUGGAGGAACUGAGGAAUUUUUUAGUUGUUCUCGUAGCGUUUUAAAGCUGAGAACGCAGUAGAGUCUUUCCCGCAGGGAUGAGGGAGUGACAAGCUGAAGUUCCUGCCAGCACCCCUGGACACUGUGAGCCCCUAACACCCACAGCUGAGCCCUGGACAGCGCUGGGGCCGAGCUCCUGCCCUGCUGACAGGGAUGAAGGCAGAGCCAUGUUCCCUGCUACCUGAGCUGCCUGCUGCUGCUGCAGCUCGUGGAUAUGGUGCCAGCCCUGGCUCUGUGCACAGACUCUCAGCUCUGAGGAUUUAGGGGCAGCAGAGCCCCCAGCUGUGGAGCACGCUCCCCCAGCCACCCCAGCACGGAGGGGCUGCAGCUCUGGAGAGUUACUAUGCAGCUUGGACUGCUUGUGGUGGUGGUUUUUCUGAGCUCCAUGGAUCCAACAGGCAGCAGCAAGGUGGUGAAGGGCAAGAGGCAAAGACGAAUCAGCACGGAGCUGAGCCAGGGCUGUGCCAGGGGCUGUGACCUGUGCUCUGAGUUCAACGGGUGCCUGAGGUGCUCCCCCAAACUCUUCAUCCUCCUGGAGCGCAAUGACAUCCGGCAGAUCGGGAUUUGCCUGCCCUCCUGUCCCCUGGGCUACUUCGGCCUUCGCAACACGGACAUGAACAAGUGCAUCAAAUGCAAAAUUGAGAACUGUGAGUCGUGUUUCAGUCGAAACUUUUGCACAAAAUGUAAGGAAGGUUUGUAUUUGCACAAAGGGAGAUGUUACGUGACGUGCCCCGAAGGCUACGCUGCUGCCAACGGCACCAUGGAGUGCAGCAGUCCUGCACAAUGUGAAAUGAGUGAGUGGGGUCCGUGGGGCCCCUGCUCCAAGAAGAGGAAGCUCUGUGGCUUCAAGAAGGGCAACGAGGACCGGACACGGCGGAUCCUGCAGGCGCCCGCUGGGGACGUGUCCCUGUGCCCGGCCACCACGGAGGUGCGGCGCUGCACGGUGCAGAAGAGCCAGUGCCCCGAAGGGAAAAGGAAGAAAAAGGAAGAGCAAGGAAAGCAAGAUAAUGGGAACAGAAAUAGGAAAGACACCAAAGACACAAAGUCUGGCACCAAGAAGAGGAAGAACAAACAGAGAGGGGCCACGGUGCCCGCGACGCCCGCCAGCCCUGCCCAGUAGCUGGCAGCGUGUCAUGGAUGGCAAGACUCCAUUGCUGCUAUGUAUAUGAAAGCUUUAUUGAACAGAGCACUGCUACAUCAUGUAACGUGUCCAGAGACAGACAUAUACUCCAGACUGACCCAUGGACUGACAGAGGCCACACACACACCCUGAAGGAGGCUGCACACACACACACCCUGCCCAGGGCUGUGGGAGAACGCUGCUGAGGAGUGGGAGCAAAGCCACAGCGUCCCCAGGGCUCUGUGGGGACACUGCAGGGAGGAGAGGUGGAGUAUGAGCCACUGAAGGACCCAGACAUGGGAUUGAUUUCAUAAUCAAGGCCUCAAAUGGAGCCCAGGCACACAGCCCUACUCAGCCAGGGGAUGAGACUGAACCCCCCAGACACACACAACAGGGGCCUCUUUCUCUUCCCUCACCCCUUAUUUUGUGUUUUAAGCUGUAUGACUUUAUCAUUGCAAAUAUGUGUUUGUGGUAAGAGGUCAGUGGCAUCUGCCCUGAAUCUGCUUCAAAGAAUUAUUUCAAAUUAAAAAAAACAAAACCCAAAAUCCAAAUGACAACCAGCUUCCUGAGUGUGUGGUUCAUACCUUGGCCCCUAUGGAGGCUGGUGUCCCACAGGACAGAGACUCACUUGUGGAAGGGAAACUCACCAAAGCUUUAAGAAAAUCCCAGGAAAUGCUGCCAGCACAAAUCAGCCGUCUUGCAAGAGGGACCUGAGCCCCGAGGAGCUCCCCACUGAAGGAUCCACUUAACACACAGCAGAUUGAGAAAAUGAGAGGUUCCAACAAACCACAGGUUGCUGAAACAUUUUUUUAAUGCAUACAGACUGUGACUGGGGUCUGCUCCAGCAGCCAUGGGCAGUGGAUCCAUACAUGUGCAUUUUUUUACCUCCUUUUUAUCUGCAGUGCAGCUUUCCAUUACACAUUCUGCACUUGUUUCAUACUCACACAAUUCCUGUAGAAAUCAAUGGAAGUGCUAUGUGCAGAAAAGCACAUUGUGCAGAAAAGCACACUGGGACUCUGCUUGGCCAGUCCCAGCUGUGGGACAAUCCGGGGCUGGGGACAGCUGGUGCCACCACUCCAGUGUGUGGCAGGAGGGAGGGGAAGGCACAGCUCAGGUCCUGCAGGAGAGAAAAACAAAUUUUUGAAUUGGGUAGAAACUACCUGUGUGCUGGAAUUCCCUGGAUUCUCCUGCUCUGCCAGAGCUGCCAGCUGAGCAGAGGAACUGGGACAAGCACUGGUGAGCCCUGCGUGGCUUUGCUGCUUGCUCUGCUCAGGGCAGGGUCACAGGGGGGCUCCCCAUCACUGCCCUGGGGUUUUAAAAUGUGAUUUCUCUGUAUAAAUACGUAGAGACACAUUUCAUUUCUCUAGAGUUCAGCAGAAGCUCUCUCCUCCCAAGGGAUGUGCUCACAGGGUGGAUCGGGGAUGUGCUGUUGGGAGCUCCACUCCCCUGGUAGGGCAAGGAGCAGGGGAAACUCACCCAGACUAACCCUGGUGAAUCCAAUCUUGGCUGUACUGCUUCCAUAGCACCAGAGGGGCAGGGGAAACUCACCCAGAUUAACCCUGGUAAAUCUGUAGCCCUGAUGGAAGCUGUACUGCUUCCAUCCCAUCUCUGCUCUGUGGCUUGGAGUCAACAGGUGUGCAGGAGAGAGCUCCUGUCCCUCUGAGGGUCACCAGCCCUGGUUCUCUCCUGGUGCCCACUGAGCACUCAGCUCUAGCCAGGACACCCCAACUCCCUUCACCCCAGGGCUGCCUUGGCUCGGGGCAGGACGUGGAGGCUGCACAUUGUUUGGGCUCCAGAGCUGUACCAAGCUCUCCCUGACUGCUCUGCUGGCAGAAAAACCUUUCAGCCUCUCGUCCACUUUGUGUUUAAGUAAACAAGAAGCUGUUCCAUCUUUGAAAGGGGAUUCCAUUUCAGCACAAUGAUAAACGACCAGCAUACCAAACAGGGGGGAGAAAGAGGUUCUUAAAAGUCAUCCUUUAAGUUGUUUAUGGAUCAUGUUCAUAUGAUUUCUGAAAGCUUCCCAGCUCAAUGAUCCAACCUUGCUCUAUUUUCUAGCCUGUGAGAGAAGUAUUUUUGCUUGUCAGCAGAACCAUUUUCCCUUCCAGUUUUAGCAGCACCCACUGGUGAAGCUCAGCUCCCUCCUGGAGCCACGUCCCCAGCGAGCUCUCAGUGAGGAUUAAGGAAAAGAAAAUGCAUUAGGAAAGUUUCCUACAUGAGGCUCUGGUAAUGACUUGAUUCCCUACAGUAACUCCUGGCACUAUUAGCACAACUAUUUCAAAACUAAACUGCAUGUAAUAAAUCAACAGAACCUAUUUUAGAGAACUCUAGGGAUUAUUAGAAAAUCUGACAAACUUCUUUCUGUUGUAGCCUUUCCCCUACUUUCUUCCUUUUUUCAGAGCAAAAUGGGAAGAAAAAGGGACAAAGGCAACAGGAAGUUUAAGAUGCAUAUUACGAAUAUCCAAGAUUUUUCAGUAGGGGUGAUUUUAAAAUUAAAUUGUUUUAGAACAAUUAGGAGAAAAAAUGUUAAAAAAUAAAUCCAAUUUAUUUUCUUCUUUUUUUUUUUUUGAGUCAGCUCAAGAAUUGUGCUUAUUCCCACUCCCAGAGAGCUGGUUCAGUUAUGAAUUUAGGAACAUUUUGCCUUUGACCAACAUGAACUGCACACUGAGCUCCCCAGUCCAAGCUGAGAUGUCCUUAGCUGGGUGAUGUCACCUCAACUCACACACAUGUGAAUGCUCUCUUUCCAUGCACUAAAUGACCCUGUUG